AUGGCGCACCACUGGCACACAGAUGGAGAUGCCAAGGGCCUGGAGCAGAGUGCGCAGGUGUACAGCUAUUGUCCUUCUGCACACACCCCCCAGGUUCCCAGGAAAGUCAGCCUGGGGUUCGAUCACCUCACAGCCGAGAGUCACAGCACAAUUCCCCUGUCUCAGAGGCAAUCUGAAGAACACCCCUGUUUUGUGCCCCAAGCAACACAAGGGCACUUACUGCAUGACAGAAGGAACCCAAGAGAAUGGGAGGAGGCAAGGCCGGGCUACCAUAUUGGAUUUGAAGGGAGCCUUCCUCUGGAAGACCCAUCCUUUCCGGCUGACUUCCUACCAAGGCAAGAGGUGGAGAGAUGUGGACGUGGAGACAUGCUAGAACCUUGGAGAAUGUUUUCCAAAGAUGGUUCUUUUCCACCCAAAGUGGGGGGGAAUUCAUGGAUGGAAGACAAAGAGCCAAGCGAUGGUGCCAUUCAAAUAGUCGAAGCCCACGGAGGCAGCCACGGGGACUUGACUUCCUUUUGCGACCAUGUGGAAAAAAUAAGAGAGACCUAUCAGGCGGAGGACAUCCAUUCGAAUUCUGGAAAGUUCUGGAGCGUCACAACAGCCUUCCCAUCCCAGCUUUGCGCCAACACCAGGUUCAGUGUAGACAUCUACUCAGACAACAUGGCUCAAGCACUGCAUUUCAUACCAUCUGCUAAUUAUCUUGUCAAGGACCUCAUUGCAGACAUUCUACACUUGUUUCCGAAUGACCGGCUCUUUCCCAAAGAUCAUCUUCUACAACUAUGCGGUUUGGAGGAAUUUUUACAGAGUGAUCAUUGCCUGGGAAGCCACAAAAUAUUUCAGAAAGACAAAUCCGUGAUUCAACUUCAUCUACAGAAAAAUAAGGAAACUCCUGGCAAGUUUUCCCGAAAGCCCAAGGAUGACAGUAGCCGUUUCCACGCGAGUCAGCUUCUAGAAUGUGCGCCUGGCUGGAAAGAGUCCAGGCAGGGUCUCCUCAUGGCACUGAGAAGCUAUGGCGUCCAGGUAGAACACCUGCUGCAGAUCCAGGAAGAGGCAGAGGACAAAGGCUCACCCGCCAUCUUUCCUAGUGCCGGGAAUCCUUUCCAGCAGUGUGUGAAGAAUGUGAUGGAGGAAGUGAAAAAUAUUUGCAGUCUUUUGGGGUGCGUGGAGACCAAACAAAUCACUGACGCAGUCAACGAACUGAGGCUAAUGCUCCAGAGAAAAGCAGAGGAUGUUCAGCCAAAUUCGGAGACUUCAGGAAAAGACAUCAUCAAGGAAAUAACAAUGGAACUGACCCGGGCCAUCCACCAGCUAAUGGGUGUCUACUGCAAUAGCUUUCACGCAGGUUUCCGGCUUCUUCAUGCGCCUGGAAGUUCUUCUCGCAUCCACCCGGGACUCCUUUCCCACCUUAGCUUCACUGUGUGUGGCAUUUGCAACAUUCCAGAGCCGUGGGCACGCAGCUAUGAUGCGUUCUCUUUUUCCUGUUGGCUUACGUAUGCUGGAAAGAAGUUGUGCCAAGUGCAAAACUACAGGACUAUUCCAGCCAAGAAAUGGUUCUUUUUCUUGGUCAACUGGAAUGAAAUGAUCACUUUUCCUCUUGAAAUCAAGUCGCUUCCCAGGGAAUCUAUGCUUACUGUGAAAUUGUUUGGGACUAGCUGGGAGCAUGCUAAUAGACAUGUUCUGGCUUGGAGCAGCUUUCCAUUGUUUCCAGAAGGGAACCCCAUGGGCGGGCCCAGACUAUUCAGUAUGACAUUGCAGAAGGAGCCUCCCAUAGAGACCAUUGCUCCUGGAGUCUGGGACACAAGUCAACCAUCUCCACUGACCCUACAGGUGGAUUUUCCAGAUGGCGGGUGGCGGUAUACCAAACCUGAUUUGGAGGAGAGCAGUGUGAAUCUUGAAGAACCACCUCAGGAGUGUUUAAAACACAUUGCCAGACUUUCACGGAAGCUAUCGCCCUCACUGCUCUCUGAGGAAAAGAGAAGAUAUUUGUGGUUUUAUCGCUUCCACUGCAGUCAUGAAAACUGUUCCCUUCCUUUGGUCCUGGGCAGCGCCCCUGGAUGGGACGAGAGAACUGUCACGGAAAUGCGUGUCAUCGCGAGGAGAUGGACAUUCCUCCAUCCAUUAGAGGCACUUGGCCUUCUGACUUCCAGUUUUCCAGAUCAAGAAAUCCGGAAAGUGGCAGUUCACCAGCUAGACCGACUCCCAAACGAUGAACUACAAGAGUACCUUCCACAGCUCGUUCAGGCUGUCAAGUUUGAGUGGAGCCUGGAAAGCCCCCUGGUGAAUCUCCUGUUACAUCGAUCUUUGCAAAGCAUCCAAAUGGCUCACCAGCUAUACUGGCUGCUGAAGGAUGCCCUGAAUGAAUCUUAUUUUCAAGGCUGGUAUCAGAAGCUGUUGGCUGCUUUCCAGUUCUGUGUAGGAGAAGCCUUGAACAAUGAGUUUUCCAAGGAGAGAAAACUUGUCCAUAUUCUGGGAGAUAUUGCAGAAAAAGUCAAGUCUGCCAGCGACUCUCAAAGACAGGAAGUCCUAGAGGAAGAGCUGGGCAGAUUGGAAGAAUUCUUUCAAGAUAUAAAGACCUGUCAUCUUCCUGUAAGCCCUGCCCUUUGUGUCAAAGGAAUUGAUCGCAAUGCAUGCUCAUAUUUUACAUCUCACGCUUUGCCACUGAAGAUUUCCGUCAUCAACGCUAAUCCAAUGGGCAAAAACACCAGCAUUAUUUUCAAGACGGGAGAUGAUCUUCGUCAGGACAUGCUUGUUCUGCAGCUGGUGGAAGCGAUGGACAAAAUGUGGCUACAGGAAGGACUAGACUUGCAAAUGGUCACUUACCGCUGUCUCUCCACAGGGAAAAGCCAAGGGCUGGUGCAGAUGGUCCCCCAAGCUGUGACCCUGGCUCACGUCCACCGCCAGGCCGGGCUCCUGGGGCCGCUGAAGGAAAACUCCAUCCAGAAGUGGUUCCGGCAGCACCACGGCUCCGGGGAGGAUUAUGAGAAGGCCUUGAGGAACUUCCUCUUCUCCUGCGCCGGCUGGUGCGUGGUGACUUUUGUCCUGGGCGUGUGUGACCGUCACAAUGACAAUAUCAUGCUGACCACAGCUGGCCACAUGUUCCACAUCGAUUUUGGGAAAUUCCUGGGCCACGCUCAGAUGUUCGGAGGAUCAAAAGGUCAGGACCGGGCUCCUUUUAUUUUUACUUCUGAGAUGGAGUACUUCAUCACAGAAGGUGGGAAAAAUCCCCAGCAGUUCCAAGAUUUUGUGGAGCUGUGUUGCAGGGCGUACAAUAUUGUCAGAAGGCAUAGCCGGCUGCUCCUGAACUUGCUAGAAAUGAUGUUACAUGCAGGAUUACCUGAGCUUAGAGGAAUUCAAGACCUGAAAUACGUCUAUAAGAAUCUCCGGCCUCAAGACACCGAUCUGGAAGCCACAAGUCACUUUACCAGGAAAAUAAAGGAAAGUGUGGAAUGCUUCCCUGUGAAACUGAAUAACUUCAUCCACAUUCUUGCACAAAUGGCAGCCAUCAGCCCCACCAAAUCAGCUUCGCACAGGACGCCCCAGGAAUCCUGCGUGUCGAGGACCACCCGGAUAAUUCAGCGAGCAACAAUUUUAGGGUUCAGCAAAACUCACCCCCACCACCUUUAUCUGAUCCAAGUGGUACGUGCCGACCAGGAAAUAAGCCUGACAGAAAAAUCAUUUGAUCAGCUCUCCAUUCUCCAUGGCCAACUUCAAAAGCAGUUUCCAUCCCUCACUCUCCCUGAGUUUCCACACUGGUGGCAUUUACCCUUCACCAGCUCAGAUCACAAGAGGCUCAGAGACCUGAACCGGUACCUAGAGGGGGUCACAGGUGGACCAGGAGAAGUGGCCAAUAGUGAUUGUGUACUUAGUUUUUUCCUCUCUGAGCCUGUGCAACAAAAAAUUGAAGACUCUGCACUUGGAGACCUAAGUCAGAAGCCAUUAGACAACAGCCCUAAGGUGCAGCUACUGAUAUCACACGAAGGCACCAAGCUGACCAUCCUCGUGAAACACAUGAAGAACAUUCAUCUCCCUGAUGGCUCUGCGCCCAGUGCUCAUGCAGAGUUCUAUCUUCUGCCCCAUCCCAACAACGAUCAGAGGAGGAAAACGAAGAGCGUCCCCAAAUGUGCCAACCCCACUUACAACGAGAUCGUUGUAUAUGAUGGUGUCACAGAGCUAGAAGGACGUGUCUUAAUGCUUAUCGUCAAGAGCAAAACUGUAUUUGUAGGAGCAAUUAAUAUCUACCUCUGCAGUGUUCCGCUCAAUGAAGAAAAAUGGUACCCAUUAGGAAAUAGCAUCAUUUGA